GUUCCAAGUUUGUGGGUUGAUAAUUAUCAUAAUGCUCGCUUAAUACGCCUCUGGUAGUGAUCGCUUCGUGUGGAAUAUUUUUCCCUUAAUGUUCAUAACAAACAAUAUAAUCGAAGUAAUUUAAAACUAAUAACAGAUUCGGAGUGACGUCCUUACAUAAAGUGUAUGACUAUUUUGCGGUUGUAAUAACUCAACAAGGUUACCGAGGUUCUUAAGCUUUCUUUCCAACAACCAAUCAUCAUUUUUGUUAAUUUUCUUGAAGAUAAUUAAAAGUUUAUUGUGUGGAAUUUAAAUUUUGGGUUAAAGACUUAAAUAUCUGAUGGAUGGUAAUCUCGUAAAGAAUAAAAUUGCAACUUAUCUGAUCUAUUUAUGACAAUAGCAUUUCCAAUUUGAAGGCUCAACUUUAAUUAUUAUCAUGGACCCCAUGGUUUCAAGUGAUGCGAAACUAACUGAAGAGGAACAAGCUGCUGUCGGUUUCCUAUUCCGACUUUCUGGUGAUGCCGACAAUACACCUUGUGAUACUGACCUAACUAAUUUUGAACCAAGUUUGCCCAGCUGGUACGAUGACGUCAAAUUUAAACGAGCUCAACGAUAUUUUGCGGACAAUCGUGGAGGUAUAUUUGGUUCGAAUAUGGUCAGCCUCAUCAGCCUUUUAGCCCAGCAUAAAGGACUUCAAAUUUUAUGUGCGACUGGUCGCUCCAGUACGGCAGACACUGCAAGGAAACGCUAUGUUUCAACAAUUUUGCAUACGCUAAGUUGGUAUGAGUGCGACCUAACCCCAGGAUCACAAUCAUGGGAGUCCUUGAUGCGUGUAAGAAAAUUGCACUUGAAUGCUUCGAGAUCUGCACAAAGUAAGAAAAUUGGGAUGAUAACUCAAACAGAAAUGACAGUAACGCAGUUUGGAUUCAUGGGAUUUGCACUGAUCCGUCCAGAUGUUUUCGGGAUAGCUCAUGACAACGAAGAAGAUAUAGAAGCAUUUAUUCAUCUUUGGGCAGUGAUAGGGUAUAUGUUGGGUAUCAAGGAUGAAUUCAACUUUUGCCUUAUGCCGGUCAAUGUAGUCAAGAAGGUAUCAGAAACCAUCAUGCGCUAUUUCAUCUUGCCAGCAGUGCAGUUAGAAUCGCCACAAUUCAAAGCAAUGACCGAAGCCCUGGUGGAUGGGUUGAAACAAUUUGUGCCCUAUAUGUCGUACGAAAUACAAAUGUUUCUGACGAGGAGAGCCGUUUGCGUUCCAGGAUAUCAGUACAAUAGGGAUCGCGAGCAAGAACGACUUUGCCCUUCAUUCAUUUCAGAAGAAGGCAUUCAGACAUUGUUGAAGGAACGCUCUAAAAUCACAGGCUACGAAUAUAUGGAAUUCGUAUUUUUUCAUAAAGUUCCGGUUUAUAAUUUUACCAAAAAUACGAUGGUGACUGAAGUUAAUGGGAAUAUUGUUAGUCACAAGACUAAUGUACCUGAAGAUGUGAUUGUAGAAAAUGGAAAAAGUAGACCAAUGGACGAUGGAUUCAGGACGAGACUUAGGAAAUAUUUGGAUUUAGAUGAAAGUACAAGUAUCACUCUCACCUUAGUGGAUUAUGAAACUGAAUGGAAAAACGCAUUGAAUGAUUCCAAAUUUUAUGAAUUGAGUCUUGAAAAUCAGAAGAAAUUGGCGUUUAGGGAAAAAUUGAGGAAAUUGUUCUCUGGAACAAGAUUUGGGACUUAUGUCAUGGAUUGGCUAUUCAGUUUUUUAAUGUGGCGGUUCCGGAGAUACUUAAGUAGCUCGUGAAAUAUUCAAUUAGUAUAACCAAAUAGUGUAAAAAUUAGUCACUAUAUUUUCUCAUUGGAAUUUGUAAAAUAAUCAAGCUGAAAUAAAAACCAUAGUACAAAUA